CAGAGGAAGGAUAUUUCAACGGCAUCUUGGGACGCCGCCACCAUGCCUUCCACUACGUCCGGCCGUAUUGUUAAGACCUCUAGGGGUUCGAAAAAGACACCCCACCAAAAGAACCACCGAUGGGAAUCAUUUAGCACCAAAAUCUCGAAACUCCAUUCCCUCGAUCCUCUCCGCAAAGUCCGCCGCCACGACCUCGACGCCGAAGAUCUCGAUGCGACGACCUCAUACCUGCGCAAUGGCUUGGACAAAUGGGCCGAACUCAACAUUUCCCGGCCAUACAUGGCCUUCAAGCGGCAGAUUAACCCGCUUACCGAAUCCCUCGCCCAAAUCCUUUACCAUGAGGACCGCAUCAUGGACUUGCUGGCCGAGUACAUCGCAAAGCACGAGAAAGAAUCCCUCGAACCUCUGCUCGACUUGGUAACAGCAUUCGCCCACGAUCUCGGUGUCCGAUUCGAGAAGCACUACCCGCGCGCCUUGGCCCUGAUCGUCAACUUAGCCGGGAAAAUCCACGACGUCGAGGUUAUCGAGUGGACCUUUGCCGCCCUGGCCUUUCUUUUCAAGUACCUAUCGAGACUACUUGUCCCCGAUCUCAGGCCAACAUACGAUGCUGUGGCUCCCCUCAUGGGCAAGGCGAGGAACCCUGGCCACAUUGCACGGUUCGCUGCCGAGGCCAUGAGCUUCCUGGUCAAGAAGGCGUCGGCCCCCAGCCACAAGGACAAGGCGUUGCCGCUGCUGGUAGAACAUGUGAGGGGGGAUCUCGACGGUAUGGCCGGACAGAAACAGUUCGAGCUGUACAGCCAGGGUAUCAUGACCAUGUUCGCCGAGGCAAUCAAGGGGGUGGGCGAUGGCAUCCAUUCAACAGGACCCGAGAUCUUUGCCGCCCUUCAGCGACACGUCCCCGAGAAGGAACUGGAGUUGCCAGAACAGGCUGUUUGGACGGGAGUCUGCUGUGGCGUGCUCACCAGCAUCAUCCACCACACCAACGUGGAUACUUUCAGGGCCAUCGAAACGAGAAUUGUGGAGGAGGCAUCGACUGGGCCACGCGCAGCACUGUUCAUUCAGGUUUUGGGGACUAUGGUCGGUGUGCGGAAGGGUACCCGCAUCCAUGAUUGGGCAACCGUUGUGAAAACACUCGGCCAGUUGCUCGUUUCUUUCUCAACCCGGAAGGAACAGGUUGAAGCCAUGGACCCAUCCCAAGUAUGGCAGAGAAUCAUCGUCAACACCGCGGUUGUAUGGGGCCGAGCUCCCAUCGAUGCGCUUCUCCCCGCCCUAUCCACCUUCAACGGAAUCAUGACCAAGGAGCCCCUGAUGCGAUGGUAUAUUCUCUUUUGUUCGUACUUCGCCGAUCUUAAUUCGGAGAGAUUCCGCGGUUUGUUUAUGAAGGACUUUCAAAAGUUUAUUGUUGCGCAUUGGUCCCAGUGUGCCAACGAAGACGUGCUCUGUGUACUAUUACCGCGCAUGGUGGAAGCUGGCGGACUCCCGACCCCUGGAGAGAAAGAGACCUUCCAGCUCCCGCAAUCGUGGCAGGACCAGAUUGUCAGCAAGUUUGUCAGGCUCGGGGACACUCCUUUUCCGGAGAGCGGCGGGUUCGGCAAGGACCCGGAAACCUGGAGAGACAAGUGCCUACCGAAAUACUCGGCACGCUUGCGUGUCUUGGAGGCGACCUUGGUGCAUCCUUCUACGAACGCCAGGAUAGCCGAGGUUUUGCUUAAGAAGCUGAAGCUUGCUCUCCGGCCAUCUUCGUCACUGCCGACCGACGAGGCACAUUUCAUCCUCAGCGAUGGCUUCCGCGCCUAUCUCCGGAUGUGUGCCCCUGCCGGCUCCGUUGAUCUAACCUUGGCGCCGUUGCUAAGGGCUGCCGCACCACGGUUCUGCCGUUCUCCCGCCUUUCUCGAAGCUCUGUUGGACUACGAACGCGAAGUCAGCGGAAAAGUUCAACGGUCGCCUCAAACCAGCAAUGGCGACGGCCAGCAGGAAGAAGACCCGUUGCUUAGGUGUUUAACCGACAACCUAUCCACGCCAUCCCACGAGCUCCGACUCGCGUCCCUCAAAAUCCUCGAAAUAUUGGAGUUCACCCCCGACUCCAAUUCUGCUCUGGCCACCAUGAUUCAAGUGGAAGAACUACCCCUGAACCUCCAGAGUGUUCGGACCAUCGCAGUUCAUCUCCGCAAACUCAGUCAGGUGUACUCUCACAUCGAGCAGGACUCCUGGCUAAUCCGAGCCAUUCCGGCAUACCUGUUCGGCAUGACGACAGUUCCCCUGUCACCCGUUUGGGACGACGCCGUUGAGGCAAUGAAAAAGGUGGCAGAGAGCAAGCAAGGGGAGGAGGCAUUGGCCGAUAUCGCUUUCGAAUGGUUGGCAGUACCAGCACCGCAGUGGACCGGGCCUUACAAGCCGCCUGCGGAGGACAACCACAAGGCCUUGACCAAUUUUGACUGCCUAAAUUUGAUGGCUCUCAAUGAAAGUGCCAGCGGCACGGGAAGUGUCAUGGACGACCCCUCUCAAGACAUGCUGAGCGCUUUUGAGGAGGGCCAGAAGAUUAUCGAGUCCCCCUCAGAACGAGCACGUAGCAAGGCGCUCAAGGCGUUCACUGCAUUGCCUGUCCUGGCCGAGAAGCGGUCCAGGAAGCUAGUGCCGUAUCUAUUUUCGUUUACCGAGGAGGGUGAGACGCAGUCGGAAGAGGCCGAAGAGGGUGCCGAAGAAUCACCAGAAACCAGUUGGUCCCUUCCCGACCGGAAGGCUCUCGUUGGGGUAUUCGCGCAGUUCAAUAACCCCCGAGUCCUCUACCAGAGCCAAAAGGUGUACCAGGCUCUGCUGAAGCUACUAGCAAACGGUGAUAUCGAACUUCAAAAGCUGGCUCUCAAGUCGAUCUUGGCCUGGAAGAAUGAUUCGAUGAAGCCGUACCAGGAGCAUCUCGAAUACCUCCUCGACGAGGCGAGGUUCAAGAAUGAGCUCACCGUCCUCUUCCAGGGCGACAAUCAAAUCCGACCCGAGCACCGUCCGGAGGUUAUGCCAGUGCUUCUCCACCUUCUGUACGGCCGCACUAUUUCCAAAAAGGGCGUGGCGAGUGGCCGGCAUGGCCUCCAUGCAACACGUCUCGCUGUUAUCCGACAACUAAACGUCGACGAUAUGGGCAGCUUCCUUGAUAUUGCCCUGGGCGAGCUUCGAAGCAUUCAGGUGGUCGAUGCCAACGGGCUUCGCGAGAGCGUGUUGGCCCACGAGACUCUCCCAGUCCGGAAGCAGGUCGGCCUGCUCAACAUGAUCGAGUCCAUUAUCAAUGAACUCGGGACGAGCGUGUCAUUCUAUAUGGAGCCUCUUGUCAACGCGGUCCUCUACUGCCUUUUCUUUGCCUGCCGACAGCUUGGUGCUAGCUCGGAGGAGCAGGAUGCUGAGGAUUCGGACCAGACUCAGAAUGCUUCUUUGUUCAGGGUUGUGCGGACAACAGCUCUCAAGUCUCUGUGCAAAAUGUUCCAAAACGCACCGGAUUUUGAUUGGGUCCGGUAUCGGGAUGUGAUGGUGAAGGAGGUCAUCAGCCCCCGGAUCGAUAAACUUCCAGCAGAGACUACGCAGGGUGUCUCUGCUACCUGGAAGCUCCUCAGCACCUGGUCCACCCUUUCCAAGACCGCAUUGUUCCUCUCUGUCGACAAGAGAGUCCUGCCCAAGGUCGUCGAAACCCUUGGGCUCGAGAAGGGCAAGGAUGAGGUCAAGGUGUUUGCGCUUGAGAUUCUCAAGAACCUCAUCAAUCUCGCACAGGCUCCUGCGGCCGAGUCCGAGUUUAAUGAUUUGAUCAAGUCUGAGCUCUUGGGCCCUAACAUCGAUCUCAUACUCAAGGAGAUCAGCGGUCUGCUACGCGACCAACCCGAUAUUGGCCGGGACUUGCUAGGAACCGCAGUCGAUACGGUCGUGCUCAUUGCACCUAUCGUAGAGACAUCGACCAGUGUCCAGGACAUGGUUGAGAUCGCCACAUUCCUGCUCAACCAACCAUUGCGCAAAGUUAGCCCCAAAAUCAAGGGGUCAAUUCUGCUGAUUUUGAAGCAGUUUAUUGUGCUGGAAGACCUUCAAAGCAAUGCGGAGUUGAAGGGCAAGGUUUACGACACUAUCGCUUCGCUGUUUGGAUUCUUCAAAGACCAGCAGAACCGACAAACUCUCGCUGAAGUUCUCGAGGUCUUUGCCUCCCGAGAGACAUGGACGCAGGAGGUGGCCGGGAUUUGCCGCGACCUCAACUCUUACGUCGUCCGGCGUUUGGAUCGGCCGGACUACAACACUCGGCUUUCAGCCUUCAACUCGAUCACCAAAGACCGCGAUACACCGUUCACAAUCGCCCAGUGGAAGCCCCUGAUUCACAACCUUCUUUACUACAUUCAACAAGAUGAGGAGUUCGGUGUUCUUUCGUCCAACGCCGCCGACGGUCUCUGCAAGUUCAUCUCGGCAGCUGAAGAGGCCUGGACGAGCCCGCAGCAGGCUGCCUUUGUCGAGGUUCUGUCCAACAUCAUCCUGCCGGCCAUUUACUCCGGGGCUAGAGAAUCCUCAGAGACCGUGCGCCGCGAGAUACUGCGCCUAUUUGGGUUCCUCGUUGCUCACCUGCCGAAGUGGGAGCCGGUCGCUGACCUUGUUCCCUUGGUGCCCGUGUCCGACGACUCCGACCAGGCCUUUUUCUUCCAUGUCUUGAGCCCGGCAGUAUCACGACAGCUCCAGGCUCUCCGGUUGCUUGAGGCGGCAAACGACAAGAGCGAGCUGCGCAGCAAACAUAUCAGCCAAUUCUUUAUCCCCCUCUUUGAGCAUUUCAUUUUUGAUCGUCCUGAGGGCGGCGAUGACCAGGGCUUGAGUGCACAGGCGACGAACACCAUUGCGGCCCUAACCGCAUCUUUGGAGUGGCAGCAAUACCGGGCCAUUUUUCGGAGAUUUGUCUCAUACGUCGAGACGAAACCGGAUUGGAAAAAGCGCGUUAUUCGUCUUCUCGAGAAAGAGGUGGAUGCGUUGUGCACGGCGGCCUCUCAGGGGCCGGGCGAUGCCAUGGAUGUCGACGGUGAGACGGCUAGCACGGAGCGCCGCCGCCUCGCUACUACCCUCCCGAACCAGGAGAAGCUCGGCGUGGAGAUCAUCAACAACUUCCUGCCCACACUACUCAAGUACAUUCACGACAAGGAUGAGACCACGGUCAGCGCUAGAGUUCCGGUGGGAGUCAUUAUCGCCAAGCUUCUUACCCUCCUUCCGGAGGAGCGCCUCAACGAGAAGCUCCCGAGCGUUCUCACAGACAUCUCCCACAUUCUCCGGAGCAAGGCGGUCGAGUCUCGCGACAUGGCUCGUGAUACCCUUGCCAAGAUCUCCGGUAUCCUUGGCCCCGAGAAGCUCGAGUUUAUUCUCAAGGAGCUGAGGGGUGCUCUAGUGAGGGGCCAUCAGCUGCACGUACUCUCGUACACCCUGCAUUCCAUCCUGCUGGUCGCCAUUCCAACGUUCAAACAAGGCGAUCUUGAUUAUUGCCUGCCGUCCAUCAUGUCCGUCAUCAUGGAUGAUAUCUUUGGAGUCGCAGGUCAGGAGAAGGAUGCCACAGAAUACGUGAGCAAGAUGAAGGAAGUGAAAAGUAGCAAGAGUCAAGAUUCCAUGGAGUUGAUCGCGAAGACUGCCUCCAUCACGCGCCUUGGCGACCUCACCUUCCCUCUGCAAUCUCUUCUCCAGGAGAAGCUCGACAUACGCACGACCCGGAAGAUCGACGAACUGCUUACUCGAAUCACGAAGGGCCUCCUGGAAAAUCCAGCGGCUGCCUCGCAGCAAAUCCUCGUAUUCUGCUACGAGGUUGUUCAAGAGGUAUACAAGAGCCAGAAACCGGACGCCGAGGUCAAGAUCGACCCUCGGCUCAAGAGAUACCUCGUUCAGAGGGCUGCCAAGAAGAGUGACGGUGGCGUUACUAGCAAGCACACUUAUAAGCUCGUCAGGUUUGCCAUCGAUAUCCUCCGGUCCAUCUUCAAGAAGCACGACAGCCUUCGCACGCCUGGGAACGUCGCCGGGUUUCUGCCCAUCUUGGGCGAUGCAGUGUUGUCAGCAGAAGAGGAAGUCAAAAUCGCAUCCUUCAAGCUUCUCAUCGUCCUGGUCAAAGUACCCUUCAAGAACGGCGAUUCGAGCAACCUGUACAAGGUCGCUCACAAGGAGGCAAUCAAAGCCAUCUCCAUGUCCCCGACCACCACGUCCGACCUUGCGCAGUCGGCACUCAAGCUUCUCUCCGUCACCCUCCGAGACCGCCGCGAGAUCCCCAUGAAGGAUGCCGCGCUGGACAUGCUGCUCACGAAGCUCAAGGACGACCUGACAGAGCCCAUGUACCGACACGUCACAUUCAACUUCCUCCGGUGCGUUCUCGACCGCAAACUCGAGACGGCGUCGGUGUACGACACACUCGACCACGUGGGCACCAUCAUGAUCACCAACGACGACAAGGACACGCGCGACCUGGCGCGCGGCGCCUUCUUCCAGUUCCUGCGCGAGUACCCACAGAAGCGGAACCGGUGGGAGAAGCAGCUCAAGUUCAUCGUAGCCAACCUCAAGUACGAGCGCGAGGGUGGCCGGUUGUCGGUGAUGGAGGUUAUCAACCUAUUGCUGAAGAAGUCGGCGGACGAAUUCACCCAGGAGGUGGCGGCAACGUGCUUCAUUCCCUUGGUGUUCGUUCUUGCGAACGAUGAUAGCGAGAAGUGCAGGCUGGCGGCUGCCGAGCUGAUCAAGGAAGUCUUCCGGGUGUCGGACAAAGAGCGGUUGUCUAAGUUUCUGACGCUUCUGCGGUCGUGGGUGGUGCAGGAUGGGAACCUAGCUGUGCUGAAGCUGGCUCUGCAUUCAUUCGGGCUCUUCUUUGAAGGCCGGGAGCCGAGCGCUAAGGACAACAAGGACCUUCUGCUUGUUACGAGCAAGUUAGUCGAAGUGCUCGGGGACGAGGAAGCGCUCGAGGCCGACUGGGAACUGGCUAAUAUUGCAUUGACAACGGUUCAAACGCUAGUCCAGAAGCACCCGCAGAAAGUUCUGGCGCCGGAGUCGGAUGAGUUGUGGUCCGAGGUCCAGGCAUGCCUCGCCCACUCGCAUACCACCGUCAAGCUUAGCUCCAUCAAGCUGCUCAGCAUGUACCUGGCUGAUUUCGCGCGGAAUGCGGGCCAGGGGCAAAAGCUGCCGCUGACAGGGUCACACGGCUUGGGGCUUGCCGACGACGAUGUCAACGAUUUGGUGAGACUAUCGCUCGGCAUUCUCUCGGCACCGGAAGUCGACGAGGCUCUUGCCCAAGAAGCUGUCCAAAUCAUCAUGUUCCUAGGUGGCUACCUCGAGCCAGAAAAGGCCGAAGAUGAGGAGGGCGAUGAAGAAGACGAAGACGAAGACAACGACGCUAAGGAGUCCGCGCGACACGCCGACAUGAAAUACCUUUUCUGGAAGCUUUCCUCGAUCAUCCGCAAGGAGCGCCAGCCCAGACCCGAGAUGCUCGUCAGCAAGCUUGCAGCCAUGGAGCUCCUCGAGACCUUCGCCGUCAAGACGCCGACCGACACCUUGCUGGCCUCGGCCAAGACCAUCCUCCGGCCGCUGCGCAACCUGACAGACCCAUCGAUCCGCCAGCCGUUCUCGCUCAACGAGAUAUUCAAGACGCGCUUCGACACCCUCAAGACCAAGGCCCAGGCUAUCAUGGAAACGCUGCAACGGCGGCUGGGCAACGCCGAGUACACCAAGGCGCUGCUCGCGGUGGGCGAGCACAUCCGCGAGAGGCGGCAGCAGCGGUCGAGCAAGCGCAAGAUCGAGGCGCUGACGGCGCCGGAGAGGUACGGGCGGGAGAAGCGCAAGAAGUUCGAGAAGAAGAAGGAGAAGCGGAAGACUAGGGGGCAGGAGCAGAGGGAGCAUCGGCAUAGCUUCCAGUAGAUGGGGGAUUGAUGGGUUGGCUGUGCUGUUUGAAAAUCUUUGUGUGGGUGGGUGGUCUAUUUCUAAUUUGGAGUUAUACAAGAUAGUGUUACAUGAGAUUUGGUGUUCUCGGGUAUGCCAGCGCCG